AUGGAUACACGUACCGAAAUCGCUCAAAUAUUUCACGGAACCUUUAUACAUUCGGUUUCCUUAGAUAAGUUGGAAGUUAUAAAGAAUGGGUUAAUGGGUGUAGACACACACGGUAGCAUUGCAUUUGUUGAGCGAGAGGUUGAUGUUUCGAAGAUUCAGGAAGUUUUAGCGAAGUUGGGAGUAGAAGGCGAAGAGAAGGGUCAAUUUCUAUUGCCUGGUUUCAUUGACACGCACACCCAUGCAGCACAAUAUCCAAACGCUGGCACAGGGAUGGACCUACCGUUGCUCCAAUGGCUAGACGAAUACACCUUUCCACUAGAAUCUUCAUUUUCUAUGCUUUCGUACGCUCAGAAAAUAUACCCGAUAGUCGUGGAUCAAUUAUUACUCAACGGCACAACCACUGCCGUAUACUUUGCAACCAUUCAUCUUGAAUCGAGUAAAUAUCUUGCGCAGGUCGCAUUCGAGAAAGGGCAGCGCGCAUUCGUGGGAAAAGUGAAUAUGGAUUGUAAUGCGCCUAAAAGUUUGAUUGAAAGUGUGGAAGAGAGUAUCCAAGAAACUGAAUCUUUUGUUCAAUAUACGUUAAGUUUGGAGUCUAAUGCAAAUAAGGUCGAUGAACACGAGAAAAAGGGUACACGAUUAGUGACUCCAAUUUUAACUCCGAGGUUUGCUGUGUCAUGUACCUCGAAAAUGCUGGAAGCUGUGGGUAAUCUUGCGAAAAAGUAUGAUGAUAUACCGAUUCAAUCACAUUUAUCGGAGAAUCGAGAAGAGAUUGCAUUUGUCCAGAAGCUGUUUCCCGACAUUGAGAAUUAUACAAAGAUAUAUGACGUGCAUGGGUUAUUAAAUGAUAGAUCUAUUAUGGCUCAUGGAAUUCACUUAUCCGAGUCGGAACGAGCAUUGAUCAAAGAACGGAACGCAGGCAUAUCACAUUGUCCAAAUUCCAAUUUCACUAUUUUAUCAGGUGUUUGUAAUGUACGUCAGUUACUAAAUGAUGGGAUAAAAGUUGGAUUAGGGACUGACAUGAGUGGUGGUUCGGCGAAAAGUAUACUGAAUGCCGUACAGAGUGCAAGUAUCGCUAGUCGAGUGAUCUCCAUGUCUAGCAGUAACAACGAAACAAAGAAACAUCUCUCGCUACCUGAACUCGUGUAUCUUGCUACAAUGGGCGGAGCACAGCUACUUAAUCUCGAAAACGUAAUUGGAAAUUUUCAAGUUGGAAAAGAAUUCGAUGCUUUGUUAGUCGACACUUCCACUUCGAUUGAUCCUGCUCCCUUUCAUGCUUUUGAAGGAAUUGAUGAUAAUGAUGUAUUGAGGAUAUUUGAAAAAUUUAUGUUUUUGGGAGAUGAAAGAAAUUUGAGAGCUGUUUACGUUAAAGGACGAAUGAAAGUCCAUGAGUAUAAGAAUAGUGGAAGGUGUCCGGUUUGUAAUAGUGAAAAUCAAAUUGCUAAUCUUUAA